AUGCAUCUCAGGAAUCUUCUGCAGUUGACGCUUCUCCCUGCCCUGGUGGUGUCCCACCCAGGCCACGAGGAGAAGCUCGCCACACGAGAACUGCUCAAUUACAAAUCGCACCUUCGCCGCAGCCUGGAUGCCUGCGCCCGCUCUUUUGAAGAGAGUGGCCUCAGCGCGCGCGCCGUUUCCCGGCGUGCCCAGCUUGCCAACGCCUACCGCAAGCACCAGCUGACCGCGCGCGACACCGCUGACGUGUUGAGCACUUCUCACCUCUCGAACGAGUCCUAUACGCUGUCCACGCCCGAGUCUGAGAUCUUCAGCGCCGACAGCACCUGCACCCUGAACCCGGAAGGCGAGACCGGCCCUUUCUGGGUCAGCGGCGAACUGGUGAGGACCGACAUUCUGGAAGACGAGCCCGGCGUCCCCGUCGUGAUCGAGUACCAGUUCGUGGACGUGAGCACCUGCCAGCCCAUCGCGGAUCUGUACGCCGAUACUUGGAGCUGCAAUGCGACGGGUGUGUACUCGGGGGUCUCCGGUAAAAACGGCAAUGCUGACGACGAGACGAUUCUGCAAAAGACCUUCCUACGCGGCGUUGGCAAGACCGACGAAGAGGGUGUCGUCACUUUCAAGACCCUCUUUCCGGGCCACUACUCUGGCCGCACGACGCACCACCACGUCAUUGCGCAUCUGAAUGCUACGCUUCUCCCCAAUAACACCCUCACUGGUGGCUCGGUGCCACAUAUCGGGCAGCUUUUCUGGGACCAGGAUCUUAUCUAUGCGGUGGAGGCGACGGAGCCGUACAAUACUAACACGGUGGCUAUUACGACUAACGAAGAGGAUCGGGUAUUCAGCGACGAAACGAGCAGGACCACCUCUGAUCCGGUCUUCAAUUAUGUCUACCUCGGCGAGAGUCUCGAGGACGGUCUACUUGGAUGGGUGACAGUUGCUGUGGAUCUGUCUGCUGAGUACUCGCCUGCCUACAGCUUUGUCUGGACUGAGAGCGGCAGCGAGGCUGUCUCCGGACACAGCGAUGAUAACGUGAGCGGCGGCGGUGCUGGUGGCCCUGGCGAAUCUGGAGCUCCUGGUGGAGAGCCUACGAGUGUUCCUACUGGCGCACCUACCGGUGGUGCUGGAUUCUGA